AUGAAGGAGGCGUUCAGUAUGCCCCUACAGGGAUGGGAUGCCAUGCGAAUCCUGACGCAAAUCACCGCACUUCAAUCCAUCCACUACGUCGUACUAGCCGCCGUCAUCCCGGCUUUGCUGGCAGUUUUUGCAGAUACAGCAUCGUUGAUGUUUGAAGGUGGCCCUACGCAGGUAGGCAUGCUGUUCGAUUGGCGUCAACUUGCAGGUGAGCCGACAUACGACUGGUCCCCACCCUCGCGCGAGAGUUGGAACUGGAACAACUCCUCCCCCGAUCCAAUCGUCGAUCCAGCCAUGUUUGCCCAAUGGAACCUGGACAAUGUCUGGAUCAACUCCUCCUCCAUCCUCGACCACCACAACAUCAUCCGUCUCAAAGCAGCCAAACCCAACCAAGACCAAGAGAAUGACGACGCCAGUGUCGAGGAGCACGUAGAGCAUUGGGAAUGGAGUCAUACAAAGGACUCUGCCCGUAGCUGGACACUCAUCUUGACCUGGCUAGCUACAAUACCCCUCGACACAAUCCUCCUAGUCUACCUCGUUCGUCGCCCAACCCACAUCCUAGACCACACUGCCACUUUUCACCUCGUCAACCUCAUCGUAACCUCCCUCUACACAAAGCAGGUCCCAACAAGCAUAACCUGGUGGGGCAUCAUGCUCGCACACGCAGCUGCAACUGUGGUGCUCACAGAACAAGCCGCCAUCAAGAGGGAACUCAACAGAUCCGUCGGGUAUAAUCUUGUUGGCGGUGCAGAUGAUCAACACACGCAGAUGGUCUGGGACGCCCCACAGGAUAUCCCCCUCAAACCGUUGUAA